AAAAAAGUUGUAACAGAGUUUGCCAAUCUACAACUAUUGACGGCAUCAUCCGCAGGCGAACGAUGUGCUUGUAGUAUGUAUGAUGCGUCAUACUUUCCAGUGCUCUGCUCUACCUGUAUAGUCAUCACUGAGUGAUGCAUUACUCAGCUGCUCUGUUCGUGACCUCUCCGACUGGUCAUGCAUCAUGGAUCUGGCCGCCUUCACAUGUACCCCACACUUGCCGUAAUACCGCCUGGUUCUUUCAUGCUUCCUGCGCCUGCUGUCACUCAUUCACCCUGUUAGGCCAUCAGCGCCUUUACUAUAUGACAUGUUCGAUUCCAGGGGCUACGCCUAACAUAAUGAACGUCCGACCAGAUUCAACCGAGCAGCUGACAGGAGCCUAGGCACACCCGAGUCUGCGACAGACUUACCCUGGGCUAGAGUGUCCAUUUCCCAGACGUUCUCGAUGCAGAACCUUCUAGCGGAAAUUAUUGGCUGAGAACUAAGGUACAUGUUGGCUUAUGACAUCACAUAAAUGUAGUGCAGGGAAGGGUGACA